CCAGGCAACACUGCCAAGCGGAUUUGCCCUAUACGGUCGAAGGCAUUAGCCAAUGUUUUCUAUUUUGAAUACAGUGAGAAGUAAUAAAAGUAACGGAAGAUGGUCAGAAUUACCGAAGAAUUGGUGAGAAAAAAAAGUGAACAUAAUGAAGGAGAAAUAUGUACAUUAGAAGAAUUAUCUUUGCAUCAAGAAAAUAUUGAGAAAAUAGAACACCUUCAAAAUUGGUGCCGUGACCUGAAAAUUUUACUUUUUCACUCUAAUUUAAUAGAAAAAAUAGAAAAUAUCAAUAAAAUGAAGAGACUAGAAUAUUUAAAUUUAUCUCUGAAUAAUAUUGAGAGAAUAGAAAAUUUGGAGGGCUGUGAAUCUCUUGCAAAAUUGGACCUUACUCUGAACUUUGUUGGUGAGCUGACCAGUAUUGUCACGUUAGUGAAUAACAUCCAUCUGAAAACUCUAUAUUUAACAGGCAAUCCAUGUACUGACUAUGUUGGAUAUCGUGAUUAUGUGAUUGCUACUUUGCCCCAAUUACAAUCUCUUGAUGGAACCGACAUUGACCGUUCAGAACGUAUAAAGGCUCUGCAAAACCAUGAACGUAUUAAAAAGAGAAUUCUAAUUGAACAGGAACAAUAUAAAGUUAAAAGAUAUGCUCAAAAAGUUGAAAAUGAACUGAAAUAUAGUCGUGUUAAAAAAGAUAUUGAAGAGGAUGAAGAAAAGCUUUCUCGUUUUUGGCAGGAACCAUCUGAUAAUAGUCCUGAAACAAGAAAAUUUAUAGCAGAACAAAGCAGAAGGAAAGAUAACAAAUGCGAUCUCAUUACAAAAACACCCAAACGUGUAUAUAAUCUUUUUGAUAAGGAUGGCCAUCCAGUUAAUGUAAAUGAAGCACGUAUAUCUUUCACAUUUACUGAAAGUGAAGAUCUUUUAUCUUUUGUUUUGGAUAUUUCAGUCUAUAAGCAAGUAUUAUUUUUAUUCUCUUCCAUACAACUUAAUGAAUAAAGUGGACAUCUCUCUUUCAUUUUGAUAGCUUCACAAUUCAUUUUUGUAUUUCUCAAGGCACUUAGACACCACACUUCUGGAUGUUGAUGUUCAGCCAACUUAUGUAAGAGUAACUAUAAAAGGCAAAGUACUGCAAUUGGUACUUCCCGAUGAUGUUAAAACCGAUAGUUCUACUGCCCAACGUUCGCUAACCACAGGCCAUCUUGUCAUUACAAUGCCUAAAGUGGGUUUCUAAUUGAAAAAAAUUAAGUUACAACUUGUUCUAGUAAUUGAUCCACUUUCAUAAUGGUUUAUAUGCUAUUUAGGUCAAUGGAUUAGUAAAACAGAAGAUUACACAACCUCCACCCAGAACCACUAUUUUUCCAGCAGAAUCAAAACCAUAUUCCAGGUAAAAAUAUGUUCAGGAAAGUUUAUCCUGUAAAAGCAAUUGUAAGAAUGUUUCUGAACUUUUAAUUUAUUUUCUACAGCAAACGUGAAUUGUUGGAAAUAGGUCCUGCUAAAUCAGACAUGGAUUUUAGCAGAAUUGUGAAGAAUUGUAGCAUAUUAAAGCAUUUAAAAGAAUCAAAAUCCAAUCUCUCGUUAGUUUCAAAAAAAGUUACUGCAGGAUUUAUAGAUGAUCCAACUGUUCCACCAUUAGAAUGAUAGGUGACAUAUGUAUCUUAAAAUACAUAAGUGGGUGAUACAUAUUUUAUAUGUAUCACCCACUUAUAUAUUUUCAUAUUGAAUUCAUUCCUAUUGCAUUACAAAAUAACGAAAUCAUUGCGGACACAAGAGACAUUUUAAUAUAAUCAACACUUUAAGUCAAGUACAAGUAUUUACUUACAUAGUCUUUCUCAUAUGAAACACCUGCAUUUGUGCUUUUAGAAAUACAUGAACUGUCAAAUUAUUAAAUAUCGUUCAAAUUGGUACUAAGCAAAUCAUGUACAAAAAUGGAUAUAGAUAUGUAUAUCCUAUGUAAAUUUCCUUUUCCCCCGAUUGGUUCAUGGAGCUGACCAUACUCUUUUGAUUUUUAUGUAUACAAAGCCUUAGAUAAAAGCCAAUACAGUAUCUUGAGUAUUUCUAGCCUAGAUGACAAAUUUAGUUUUUAUGAUUAAUUUGGUUAUUCUUUAAAAAUACAUUUUUAGGAUAAUUUCUUAUCCUUUCAGUUGUCUUGUAGGAAAGCUAUUCAAAUUUGUAUCAGAACUAUUCAGUUUUAUCUCUAAGUAAAAUCGAUAAAAGCAAGAGAGUAUGAUCAAUUGUAUAUGUAAUAAUUUUGUCUUCUGUAAACAUGUUUUGUGACUUGUAAUGAUCGACUAGCAAAGUUUGGAACAACACACAAAAUAUAAAUUAAACAAUUAUCAUGGCAAACUGUGCUUAGUAGCUUAAUUAUUUGCUUUUUAAGACAUUUUAAGAUUGUCACUAACGGGCAACACCAUUUCAUAGAGUAAAUAAAAUAUGAAAAGGAUAAUUUCAUUGGUACAUUAGCAGAUUUUCACGACAGGCGAAUUUAUACAGACAAACAAUGCUAUAUUAAAUUUAGAUAAAUAUUUGUUCAUAGUUGAACAUAAAGGCACAUGCAUUUUGCUACAUAUAUUGGAAGCAGUGCUUCCAAGUUUCAUCCACUGAUUUGUGUAUGUGAUUUUGUUAUGGCACCUUGUAUGAAACUCGCAUACCGAUGUGUAAAAGUGGGCAAAAUAAAUGCAUAAAGAUUUGUCACUCAUUUGUUGUUUGAUUAUUGAUCUACAGUAGUGAAACACACAUUUAUGGAGGCUGACAAGAUUAAAGAAGCACUUAGAUUCAUAAGCAUUUAAGUUUUUUCUGAAGACAACUAUUUUCAAUUUUGCCUUUUAAAUACUUGCCAAAAUGUGUGACGUGAGUAUUACACUCUAUAUUUACACAUUUAAUUUUCUAAAAUGACAUUCACUUUUUGAAUGGUGAAGAGAUCUAUGAAAUAGUCACAUUUUUAUAUGGUAUUCUUAAAAUGAUAAAAUGUCUGAAAGGAUUCAGGACAGUGCAAUUAUAGCACACUAACUUCAUCUAAAACACCAUGUCUAUUGAUAAAAAUGUUAUAGAUUAGUAAAUACAACCAACAAUUCCUUAAAUCAUACUUAAUUUCAUUUGCUUGAGAAGAAACAAAUCAUAUAUUUGUUUUUGUUUAAAAAAUUUAUUUUAGAGAAAUGUGACAAGUUCUAAUUUUGAAAGUAAACACAACAUAUUACAUUUUACAUACUGUAAUAAAAUACCGCGAAGCACUAAAUAGUCUUACGUGUACGUAUCUUGCUGAACAAAUUCUUACUCAAGCUUUCUUCAAAUGAAAGACAGCAAUUAAACAUCAGCUCUUAUCUAGGCACUGUUCCUUUUCAUGAACAAACAAAAAGGAAUUACAAAAUUACACGUUACUUUCAAAAUUCCUGAAUUUUCUGUUGGUAUUACUGAACAAGAACUGAUGCAAACAUGAAAUUAUUGGAUAAUUGCUAAUUACCACUUGAACAAAGAAUGUCAUUACUUAUUUAUGUGACUAGCCUCUUAACUGACAAAACUGUUCAAUCUUGCAUAUUUGUUAGGUUAUUGAAGCAGUCAAGAUAUGACUAUAUUCUAAACGUAGUCAGCCUCGUCAUUAUAUCACAUGAAGAAACCACUUAAUAUAAAUGCUUUUCAACAUAAAUAUAUUUGAGAAUUGUAACUAUAUAAUCAGUGUAAAUAUAUAUAACAGAAAAUGACAAUAAACACCUGGAGAAAAGAGGCACAUCAGAUGAAAAUUCAUUCUGAAAGAACAACAAAUUCUUUACAUUUCUGAUGUUGUGGGACAGAAUUCUGAAUACAUUUGAAAGGCCUACAACAUCUUACACUUAAUCCUUUAAUUCACAAUUUCUCUAUUGUUCAGUUAAAACAUUUCAUUUUUGGCUUUACGCACAAUGAUAAUCGGUACAGUAUUAGAGAAGUUCCUUUCUCUUUCAAAGUUUCACAUUGUACCUUCCUUGAAAGGAAGAAAUCCAUUCUCACUCAGUUUGUAAUAAAAAUGAGUGAUUAGUUUCACAAAUACACUAACACUUAUGUGACUUAAUUUACUUGUGCAUUUCUUUUGGCUUUUAAUUUUACAGAGUUUACACCAUUCUUUGUUAAACUUGAAUGAAUAACAAGAAUAUUCUUGAGUAAAAAACAUUUUGUAAUUGAGGGAUUCAUCCUACGAUAAAAAAAAUAAAAUUUCACCACAGUUGACAUUAUUUGAGGCAAAAAUAUCAGUACAGCAGCCAUUUAAUUUGCAAAAUUCUCUUGCUUAGAAAAUCCCCUUAUUAACAAACUUUGAAAUAAAAUUCAAUUUUCAAUUCAAAAUAUAUUUGUAAAUAUGUGUACAGUAAAACAAAUGUUCAAUUUUCUUCUUGGAGUUCAUGUAUCGCUGCUUAUAAUAUACAUUUAGUGAAUUAUUAUUCUGCCUCUUGGUACCUAUUGGUCCCUACCCUUGGUAGGACUUGAAAAAUUAAUUACAACUUAAUAUUACAUUUGUAAUUGUUGACUUUGUGUUUCUGAUCUUGAAAAAAAUGUCAACUGCUUUGAGAUGAACAAUUAGAAUUAAUAUGACCAUACACUAAAUUGCAGACCAUUGUAAUGGUAAAACUCUUCCACAACCUUGGACAAGACAAGUGAAAUUCACAUUUUUUCACUGAAGUAACCAGCGGAUCAUCUGUUCUUUCCUUAUUUUCAUAAAUAUUUAUCAGAAAAAGUACAGAUUUCAAAAUUAAUCUGUUUUAAUUGGACACUAGAAUCUUCAUACAACAUAAGGCAGGGUCUUUUUCUGAAUCUUUUUUUUUUUUUAACUACAAUUAUCUAAACUGCUUUUC